AGGAUUUAAUAUAGCCGGAACUGGAGGCCACAUUGCGUCUCAUACCGACUGCUACAGCAUCAUUGCAUUUUCCCCACAGCGCCCGCCGCGCUCCUCGCACAAAAGCAUCUGCGCAUCCUCUCCCUGGGCGAAUCCCCGGCCACACGUGCUUAUCUGACGCCUGCGCAAGGCACAAUUGCAGAUAUACCAUCGGCCGGGCGCUAGUACAUAUAGUGGGGCACGGGGGGAUCAUGGCGGAAUGGAUGAUGGUCUUCACCUCCAGUUCGCACGAACCCGGUCGCCUUUUGCUAACCUGAAACCCAGUACCGCUAUACCAACGCGCCAACGAUAAGGCCGAGGACCACGUCUGCCGACGCAAAGCAAUGGGAUUUCACCACGACUGACGUGCUGGGGCGGACUUUCUCGGGCGGAACCUCUAGCUCUAAUGCUUCUGCACCAGGACACUCAAUGGAUGCAACACGAGGCUCCAUCUCGAGCUCGUCAACUCAGAGUACAAAAGACGAAAGCGCCUCGAGUCCGUUCAUUCUACGCCAUGGCCGCCGAUACCUCCGCGAUCUCCCUUACCCACUCCCUUGCGACCUCCCGGAGCUGCAGCGACAAAACCUCCAAACCCUCCUUGCGACUUCAGUGCUUGGCCAGGCGCUGGGCUCCCCACCAAACUUCCUCACACGGCCGCCGACAAGGGUGCUAGAGGUGGCAUGUGGGAGCGGAUACUGGUCAUCGCUGUGCCACGAGCAAUUGGAGACAGCUGGUCAUAGGGUGACGUUCACAGGAUUGGACAUUGUCCAUUUGGCUGGUAGUCUGGAAAAGCAAGGCGUCGACUGGAAAUUUGUCCAGCAUGACCUGCGCAAGGUGCCAUUGCCGUUCGACGACGACGAGUUCGACAUCGUUGUCGUCAAGGACUUGAGCUUUGUGGUGCCUGUGGGUGCUCCCUCCCAGCGGAUACUGGAUGAGGCUACACGAGUCUUAAGGUCGGGAGGUACUUUGGAGAUGUGGGAUACAGACCAUUUAAUACGCAGCAUACUCCCACAUCCACCACCGCCUCCCGGAGCGAAUCCCGACGUCUACAAAAGGGCCGUAACCACCGGCACGUUCCUCAUCUCUCCGGGAACUCCAUUCGCAGAUGCGCAUAACAAGUUCCUCCAAGACUCGAACGGGUGGAUUCAAGAGGCUCUUGAUCGACGGAAGCUAGCACCCACCCCUUGUACUCUUAUAUCGCAAACACUGCUGCAGGAGGUGGAGACUCUUCGCGAUGUUGGUUAUAGACGAAUUGCAAUUCCACUGGGAGAGUUGCGCUGGGAACGCGAGGCCGCGGACCGGAAUCCCACUAAGCGCCGGGAGAGCGAAUCGGCGAAAGGAAAGCGAAGUGUCGCUGAGGGCGGAGCUUUGACGGAAGAGCAAGCCUCGAUCAGGUACACCGCCCUUUUAGUAGUGAUCCAGAUGAUCGAAAGCUUAGAGCCACUACUCCUGGAGGUCAGUGGCAAGAACCAGGAAGAAUGGCAACGAUGGUGGGGAUGGAUGAUGGCAGAUCUACUUGAGGGAAAGGGCGCAUCGAACGGAGAGUGUUUGGAGAUCGGAGUGUGGUGGGCUCAUAAAAUCUAGGGAUUGUUUGGGCUUACUUGCCGCUUAGUUGCGCUUGUUUGCCUCUUCGAUUGGAGUACGGAUUUCCUUAGGUCUUUUCAUAUCUUUGGCGUAGGGUGCGGUAUCGUUUCAGGUAAUACCUGACUAUGUAAAUGCUUUUUCUAGCUCAAUUAGACGGCGUCUGCACUUACAAGGCCUCGAUUUCUGGCCGCUGAGGGUCAGCUCUCUACACGCAAGCCACCAAAGUAUUGGAGGACUCACCCUUCUUCACGAAC